UUCAGGACUACGCAGCCAGAAACGCGUUCCCCUGCGGCCCUGCCCGGGAUUCCUGGGGCCGCCGCUCCUCCCAAGGAAACAAGCUAGCCCCAAGCCCCCCAACCCAGCUUCAUCGUCAUCCUCACAACAAGAAAAGCAGCAGCUGGCCAGCUGCAACGCACGCAACCAAAGCAAAGCGAAGCGGAAGGAGAUGCGAGUGGAGUGGCGAUCCAACCGCCAACGAGAAAGCGCGGCGCGGUCAACCAGGUUGCGUGAGUCCUACCGGCCCCAACCGCCGAAAGCUAGCCACUUCCCUCUCCCUCCCAGGCCCCAGCUGCCUCCAACCAGACGCGGCCGUAAUCCGCACGCCAGCGCCGGCGACCCGGCGACCCGCUAUAAUAGCAAACCACCUCACCUCAGCUCCCUCCGCCUCAUCAGCUGCCAGUGAUCGCUCGAUCGUCUCCUGCAUAAAGGCGCACGCGAUCUCGCCGCUGCAGACCAGGUAGCUUCAGUUCACACAGCCAGGGACGAGACCAUGUCCUGCUUCGGCGGCGUGCCGGCGACGACGAAGGGCGCCUACUACCGCUCGGCCUCGGGGCGGCCGGGCGGCGGCCGCAGGAGGCCGUGGCGGUGGUGGCGCGCCAAGUGCGCCGGCAUCGCCGCGGCCGUUGGGUCGAGGAUCCGGAGGUCCAUCAGGGGGAUCGACGGCCGUCGGCGCGCGACGUCGUCGUCCGUGCACGCGCAGAGCGGCCGGUGGUGCCACCACCGCCAGCAUCGCCGGAGCUUCGCGCCGGUCUACGUCGACGAGCUCUACAGCCACCAGCAGCAGCCAGCCAAGGCCGCCCUCCGCGCCGUGCGGGCGGUGGAGCCCAGCACCAGCGACGACGCCAAGCUGACCGCCGCACCACCCGUCGCGCACGCCGCCGCCGCUCGUGCCGCAGGCGGCAAGCCCACCGCGCGCGUGGGCGCCGCCGACGCCAGCAGCGGCAAGCAGCAGGCACGGGCGGCCGCCGCCGCCGCUGCGGGUGCUGUUGGCGGCGCGAUGAGGAACGUGCUGCUGAGGAGCCCCGGGCGGGGAGGCGGCGUGCUCGGGGUGGUGAAGGGGAUGGGGGAGGUGGACCUCAGGGCGGAGCUCUUCAUCAGGAAGUUCAAGGAGGACAUGCGGCUGCAGAGCCAGCGGUCGGCCGAGGAGUUCCAGGCCAUGCUCGCCAGGGGCCUAUGACAUCUCAUUAUUUGCUUUGCGCGCCAUCAUUACUAUUACUUAGCAAAUUAGCAUUAGCGUAGGGGAUUAUUGAUCAAAUGGUGUUAAUGGCUAGCAGUUUGGAUAAAUUUGUGGUUUGAAAAAAAAAAGGAGUAUUUGGAGGCUAGAUAGAUGAUCAUGGUGUGUCUUUGGUUGGGAGCUAUAGGUUGGUUUUCUUCACGUUGUAGAUAAGUGGUUUGUUGCAUUCAUUUGGUUGGAUGUUCAUCACCAGGAAACACAGAAGAAGAAAAGAAAAGAUGUAAAUAUAUGUAUAUGUAUAUCCAGAUGCAAUUAUUUCAGCUGGUCCUAUGAGCUUCUU